UUAUGUUUUAUGAAAGUGUUGUUUUAUAAUUUUAGAUUAGGCAAUAAUAAGAAUUAGAUAAGACAAUAUCUUAUAUUUUCAACCCUGAACUACAUGCUAGGCGCCUUCUAAUGAUAUUACACGCGCGCGGCAAGUGCCGCUAACUUAUAUGUAAAUUGUGUGUUUUCAAACCUCUCUCAAACUUAUUUCAUAGAAUUUAAGCUGUACAUGGAUGAUGAAAAUGAGAAAAACUUUAUUGAUACGAUAUUAUUCAUUCAAAUAGAGAAAACAAGCUUCUAUGAAAAUACAAAAUAAUAAUAUUAGUAUUUAAGGAAAAGUGGUUAUCAACUUCAUUAAAGGAAAAUAACAUUUAAAAAUGAUAAUAUAAUAAAAAUAAAAGAUUAUUGAGUGCAAUUGUAAAGUUUAUUCAUCUUAAAAAUGAGGUCUUCCCACUUCAACAGUCAGCUGCACACCGAAGAAACGCCCCCCGACUCCCACCAACACUAUCAUCUACUACGGAAAGGUAUGAUGAAAGAGAACGUGGAAGCACUGGAAAAUGGUAGCUAUUGAAGCCACCUUAAAAGAACGAAUAUGCAGAAGUGCGGUACGCUAUGCCGCUAUGCGUGUAAUUGAGGGUGAAUAAAGUAAGGUUAUAAAAUGGAGUAGCAUUGAACUUGAGAAUUGAUAAUAAGCAAAAACUCGCUGAAGUCUAGGCCCAGAGCCGAUAUACCUGAGUUAUAAUCAUGAUCAUACCUGCCAUAGACUGGAGUCUUGCGAUUUGAGUCGAGGUAGUGUGUGUUGAUUAGGUUAUAACUAAAUUCUAUACAGUAUGGUGAAUGCGAUUCUUAUGUGAUGGACAUGUUAAAUUGUCGUAGUCCCGGCUGAUAUAACAGUCAUGAGGCCUCAUUGACAGCUUGAAUUUAAUUGUAUACUAAGACAAGCUGAAUCUUCCGUCAGGGAUUACCCUCUAAUAAUAUUGAGCCUGUAUCUCCUACCGUCUAUAGAAGGCAUUGACAAGACAGAGUUUUCCCCUUGCAGACAAGAGAAGACUUCAGGAGUGGUUAGUGAAGAUUCGACAAGAGGGAUUUGCUCCAACUGUACACUCUGUAAUCUGCUCACAGCAUUCCAUCCUUAAUGCUUCUGGAAAAGUGCCAAUAAAAGUCUUUUGAAGCCAUCGGCAAUUCCAUCAAUUUUCCAGGAUCGCUAAAAAAAGGGAGAAGAUUGUGGAGGCCACAGUCGAUCCAGUCCAGUCGAGAUUCAGCCAGGUUACUUGGAUCUGAAUUCUCAAGGUCAAGACGACUCAAUGUCGAUGCCUCAUCCACAACAUCAAGGACCAGACAUGGACAACUGUGAUUGGCCAAUCCAUGAACCAGAUCAACAUCAAGACACCAUUGAAGAUAAGUAUCACACCCAACUCAAUGUGGAUAAUCAAAGUGAAUACUUGGACCACAAUUACUCGAAACAUCCCAUUGAAAUAAUUUGGCUCAAACCAGAGGAACUAGUUGAAGAAGAUGAAGAAGAAAAACAACAACAACUUGGAGCUGAAUUUGAAGUGAGAAGUGGAGAAAUAAAGCAAGAGAGUGACACCUGUCUGCAGAUUGAAAGCGUCUAUUCUCUCCCCUUAGAUAGACUGAACUCUGGCCCCUCUGUUCUUGAACACAUGAAAUUCGAGACUGAAGAAGUUAAGGAAGAGCACACAUCUUUCAAAACGGACUAUUCAGAUGCAUUGAUGCAAACAGAAGGUUUUUAUUCAGAUGUAGUAUCUGAGAAUUAUGAAAUUGAAAAUGUGUCAUCUGGACUAUGUCCACCAUACUUUGAGGAACAAGAUGGUUCAAGCUCCCAUAAUUCCAUUGAUGCAACUCCUGGGAAUUCUAUGAUGGAAGAUUCUGAAGAAGAUUUUAAUGAGGUGGACUUACUAAUCAAAAAUGCAAGGAAGAAUGUGAUUGAUGCAGCAAGUGAUAGUGAAUCAACAAAGUGUCAGUCGUAUGGUGAAGUAUUCAGCAACACUGGAGAAUCGAAUCUUCAUUGUAGAAUACACGAAGUGGAAAAACAUGUUUGCGGAUUCUGUGACUACAAAGCAAGAUGGAGAUCACAUCUUAUCAUUCAUCUAAAGACCCAUGCAGGAAAAAGACACUUUAGCUGUGAUUUAUGUGACUACAAAGCAACACAUAAAAAACAUCUCAUCCCUCAUCUAAGGACACACACAGGAGAAAGACCUUUCGGCUGUGAUUUCUGUGAUUACAAAGCAACACUGAAAUCAGAUCUUAUCAGACAUUUAAUGUCACACACUGGAGAAAGACCCUUUAGCUGUGAUUUGUGUGACUACAAAGCAACACGGAAAUCAAAUCUCAUCAUUCAUCUAAGGACCCACACAGGAGAAAGACCCUUCUGCUGUGAACAUUGUGACUACAAAUCAUCACAGAAAUCAAGUCUUACUAGACAUCUAAAGACACACACUCGAUAAGACCCUUCAGCUGCGAUUUCUGUGUCCACAAAGCAACAUGGAAAUCAAAUUCUCAUCACACAUUUAAAGUUACUUACUGAGAAAAAGCCUUCAGUAGUAAUUUCUGUGACUACAACUCAAUACAGAAAUCAAAUUACAGUUCAAUAGCACUGCCCCAUUCUCUCUUCAUGUGCCUGUCGUUGGCUACCAUGGUGGCUAGCUUCACUCUAUCCACAGCUGCACAAAACUAUUCUGCGUUUUUCAUGGAAAAUCAUUUUUCAGACAUGAAAUAAUUUUGUUAAUUGUUAUAAUUUUAAUAAUUAUUAUUAUUCAAGUAUUUAAUAAUUAUUAUUAAUAAUUAAUUAAUUUUGUUAAU